UUCACCUUCUUCUCCAAAAUCAUACUCUUACACUAGACCGGCUCUCUCAUCUAAAUCUUCCAUCUCCCACGUCACCACAUCACACGCCUCAUCUCUCGCUCUCAGCUAAUCUCAGCAGCUGUGGGCAGAGUAUGCAUUUUGCAUCUAAUUACAACUGCAAUCUUUGCCUGAACCGCACCGCCGUCAACACUUGAUCUCGAAAAGAAGAAGUCAGGAUCAGAAAAUGGGCGAGAGUUCAAAAGAGGGUGGCCGUGCUUGCCUCAAAUCAUGCAAACCAAACAAUAUCUCUCUGAUCACUUAUACAAGGCAUCGUUGGCGAAGCAAGAUAGAAACCAGAAAUAAAAAUGAACAAGAACAACAUGAUGCUUUUAUAGAAAAUCAAUCAGAAAAUGUGAGUGAAAAAGGCGAAGCUGAGGAUGUACAAGUUUCCGGGGGCAGCUUGAUUUCGGCAUUUGCUCCAGCUGUACAAGUUUCCGGGGGCAACUUGAUUUCGGCAUUUGCUCCAACUUUACAAGUUUCCGGGGGCAGCUUGAUUUCAGCAUUGGAUCCAACCUCAUUAUUUGGAUCCACAUCUAGGAUGCCUAAAACGGGCAGUUAUGUCAAACUCUCGGAUGUUCCUGCACCAGCAACACCAGAUAUCGUUGCUAGAUAUGGCAAAGCUUCUGCUAUGGAUUCUAAGAAAAGGACAUGUUGCAGAUCAUUAAAUCUUGAUACAAGAAAUCUUAAGAGAAAAGCUGCAGAGGCUGACAAGGACUAUGAAAUCUUGACACCUACCGGAUGCAUUAGAGAGCGUGACGAAGAAGAAAGAGAUGGGUUGGAUAGGCAGAUUAAUUUGUUUAUGUCCCGCAUGAACCAGAUCCAAGGUGUAAGAACAUUUUCCGAGUGGAAAGGUUCGGUUAUGGACUCCAUAGUGGGAGCAUAUCUCGCACAAAACGUGAAAGAUGAGCUUUCAAGCUCAGCCUUCAUGUCACUAGCUGCUAAAUUUCCAAGAGACGCAGCCGGUGCCGCUUGUAGAAAAAGCGUGCAGAAGGGGAAAAGUGGAAAGAAAGAUAGAUGUUCCAGGAUGAGAACCAAUACGAAGCAUGAUCCCGCGCUCCUGAAUGUUCUCAAGGAUUGCCACUCGAAACAUCGCAGCGAAAAGAGAAUGUCCCAAACAUCAGAUGCUGUAGACUGGGACUCGGUUAGGAUGGCCACAGUAAGCGACAUUGCCAAAGCCAUUCAGAAAAGAGGGAUGAGCAACAAUUUGGCUGAAAGAAUUAAGGAUUGCCUUGAGCAAUUGGUUAAAAACUUUGAGAGCACGGAUAUGGAGUGGAUACGAGAUGUUCCACCUCUUAAAGCAAAGGAAUACUUGCUGAGCAUAUACGGGCUGGGAUUGAAAAGUGUGGAGUGCAUACGUUUGUUAACACUCCGACAUAAAGCAUUCCCUAUUGACAGGAAUGCUGGACGAGUGGCCGUACGUCUAGGAUGGUUUCCCCUAAACGAACUUCCAGAAGGAGUCGAGUUUCACCUACUAAAAGAGUAUCGAAAAGUGAACUCCAUUCAGAUGUAUCUCUGGCCACAUCUAUCUCAUCUUGAGUGGUCAAUACUGUAUGAACUACACUGCCAGCUCAUCACUUUUGGCAAGGUAUUCUGUAGAGAAAAAAAUCCAAAUUGCUGCGAGUGCCCGAUGAGAGCAGAAUGCAGGCACUUUGCAUCCAUUCAAGCAAGUGCUGAUGUAAAAUCGAGAGGGCUCGCUGAAAUGGACAUAGAAGAUUACGGUCUUGUAAGGCCUCGAACUAGGUAUCGUACCUCAAAUACGGCAUCUAUCCGAGUGGUCAAGAAGAAGAAGAAGAAGAAGAAGGGGAAGAUUAAUGUAAACGUAACCUCUUCGAGGACAGAGCAUCAAGUAUAUGUCCUUCCAGGUGGUCACCAUCUUUUGGCAGAGCUAGAGUCAAUAGACCAUGGCGACGCAUGCCCAUAUCUACUCGCCGUAUGGACUCCAGAAAGUCUUGGAAAGGAUGGGUGUAUACACGAGGAAGAUGCAGUUUAUGGGACACUUCUGAUACCUGCCCGGACAGCAACCGGAGGAACAUUUCCACUGAAUGGAACAUUUUUCCAAACUAAUGAGGUAUUUGCGGAUCACGAGUCUAGUGAGGUUCCGGUUAGAAUUUCAAGGGCAUCGCUGACAAAUCUUUCAUCCGCGACUUUAUAUUGUGGAAGCAGUAUGUCAUCAAUAUGCAAAGGCAUGACAUGUGGUGAAGUCCAGAAAUGCUACAACACAGGAUUUGCAUGUUUGCGCGGGCUCAAUUUGAAAACGAGGGAACCGAUACCUCUCCCGCCAAGAUUCCAUAAUCGAGCGGGAAAAACCAAGAAGCGUGAUGACAUGCAUAAACUAGACUUGGAAAGGUAAAUAGUGUCCAUAUAUAUUUUGUACCACAUCUUAAAGAAAUAUGAUGGCCUUACACAUCUUAAUUAGCACUAGUGAUUUUGCUUACUUGCUUUUGGAGGUAGAUUUGUAUUAGAGUAAAAUUAAAAUAAUAAAGCAUGCAGUGGAUCA